AUGACCGCCGUGAUCAGUCCACUGGUUUCUAGUGCUCCGCCGCUUCCCGCCGCACCGGUACUGAAGCGUGCUGAAUGGAUACCUCUGGAUGCGCCUAUGCUACAGGGAAAUGGCAGUUACGAGAAAGGCCUCUUGCCCUCUAGCAAGGGCGGGAAAUGCGGAUACUGGGAUGUUGAUGGUUACAUCGCUCAAUGUGACUGUAUCAUGACAGGCAGUAAGAUGGCAGAUAGCUACAUCGAGCAGUAUGCGUCUAUUGCCUGUGAUGCUUUCCUAAGCAGCCUCCCUGGGGCCAACGUGGUGAACAGUAAAUGGCUGCGUUUUGCAGUUAAGAAUCUCGUUGGUACCAAUGGAAAGCCCAACGUGUUGAACUUCCGAUGGAAGAAGGUUUCCAAGGGUGAGCUCACAUUGACUAAAGAACUGUGCAAUGAUGCAUACAAGAUGUUGGCAAAUACUAUAUGUGACAAAAAGGACGCAAAGGCGACUAGAGGGGGAACAAUCAAAUUUGCAGGCGACCAGGGCAUUGAGAUUGGCGUUGAUCCAGACGAGAUGAAGAACUUCAAAGAGAAGGACAAGAGGUACACGAAUGUUGGGAAGUUCAUUGAUGCCGUGAUUGGCUGA